AUGCUUUCCGGUCACGCCGGCGCCUCUCUUCUCCAUCUGAACCGCCCCACUCAGCUCAAUGCUCCGACCGCUCCUCCUCGCCUCGAGGUGGUUGUCAACGAUGAUGAGCCGGUGACCGACGGACCCUCCCAGGUUGCUUUGCAGCCGUCCUUGCCGGUUGCAAAGCCCAAAUCCGAGUGGCAGCUGGAUGAGGAGUCUGCCCUCUGCAACCACCCGUUCUGCUCCACCAUGUUCGGUAGCACCACCUUAUCUCUCGGUCCUCGGCGUCAUCACUGCCGACGCUGUGGCCUCAUUUUCUGCAACACGCACUCCUCCCGCCGUCUUCCGCUGAACGCUGUCAACUCGAAGGGCGCGCUCGCCGUGCAGAACCUGCGAGUCUGUGACGGAUGUUACGCCGAGGACGACGCUGAGCGGAGGGCUAGCGAUGCCACGACUCCGAGCUUGACGAGUUCUGUCACUUCGGCUCCCGACGCCGACCUCGUCUCGCCUCGCCCAUCGUUCCACCGGUCCCAGUCGCAGCCCACCAUUUCGGAGCUGCAGACCCCGCUGGCACCGAUCGAGGACUGGAUGGACCGCUCGGGCAUUCUCUCUCUGUACCCGCUGGCCGUUCAGGCUUCUCACUCUCGUCGAUCUCCAACGACCGCGCGUGCCGCGGCGCCCCUGUUUGCGCCCUCGCUCAAGGAGCGGCGGUACGUUCAGGAGAAGGAGCUCGAGCGCCUGUUCCUGCGACAGAAGCGUAACGCACGCCCAUUCUGGGCUCACUCGACCAACGCCAGCGACGCCGAGUCUGAUGCGGAGGGAGGCGGCUCCUUGGCCUCCUCCUGGAGCAAGGACGAGGUUCAGUCGACGGGAACGCGCACGCCUCUUCAAGAGCGUGCUCUCGACUGGUCCACGUUCUAG